UCCCUCCCGCUCCUCCUCCUCUUGUCCCCAAACCCCCGAAACCCCCAAACGCACGGCAGGCCAUGGAGCUGUCGAUGAGCGGCGGCGCGCUGCGGACCUUCUCCCGCUUCGUCACCUGCCUCGCCCGCAUCGGCUCCGACCUCGUCUUCCAGGCCUACCCCGACAAGGUGCGCCGUCUCCUCGCAGCCCACACCUGCCAUUCCUCACCGGCGGUUCUCACGAUUUCAAUCUACUUACAGCUGGAGCUGCACACGCUCAACAGCUCGCGGUCGGCGUUCGCGUCCGUCUCCCUCACGCGCGACUUCUUCGACCACUUCCACCUCCCCGCCGCCGCCGCGCCGUCGUCCACGCCGCUCCAGUGCAGCGUCCUCCUCAAGUCCGUCCUCGCUGUGCUCCGCACGCCCACCUCCGCGGUCGACCGCCUCAACGCUUCUCUCCCAAACCCCCAAGCGUCCAAGCUCGAGUUCGUCAUCCACUGCAUCAGCGGGCGUAAGAAGACGCACCGGAUCUCGUGCAGCGCCGAGUCCGACGUGCAGACUCUGGCGCUCGACCGCAACGGCUUCCCCAGCCGCCUCGCCAUACGGCCACGGGAUCUCACGCGCCUGCUUUCCAAUUUCCAGUCCUCGCUGCAGGAGCUCACCUUUAUUGCCACCCAGCCUGCUGCACGGUUGCCUGGCGUCGAUGAUGCCACUGGGGGGAAGGCAGUCGAGCUCCUAAGCUACAUCGACCCGACCAAAGAUGACUACGACAGUAGGCUGCACACACAACUGUGGAUCGAUCCAGCAGAGGAGUUCUUGGAGUAUGAGCAUGCUGGUGAUCCCGUAGAUGUCACAUUUGGGGUGAAAGAAUUGAAGGCAUUUUUAACAUUUUGUGAAGGAUGUGAGGUUGAUAUUCUCCUAUUCUAUCAGAAGGCUGGCGAACCUGUCCUGUUGGCUCCAAGAUUUGGAAUCGAUGAUGGUUCAAGUUCUAAUUUCGAUGUAACUCUAGUUCUAGCCACUAUGCUUGUAUCACAACUAAAUGAUGGCAGUGUGCCUCAGCAGCCACCUACGUCAGCACAUCAUGCAGAAGAACCAAGGGCUGCCGCUGCUGCACCAUCACCAGUUCCCGAAAAUGUCUCAAACCAUACAAGAAUAUGGUCAGAGCUUUCAGGUGUUACUCCCAAAAGCUUUGAAGCUAACGCAGAAAAUCGUGCCCAGAUGGAGAGAAAUGGAAGAGCUAACGUGCUGAAUGACACAUCAGUGCUUCCCAAUACCAAUGCUCCCUGCAAGCUACCAGUGACAGAUAACGCAAACUAUAUAGAGCAGCCUGUGCAAAUGGAUCACUUGGAAGAGCCUCCUGAAGUUGUGGUUGAUAACCCUCGUUCGCAGCAUCACCCAAGCAACUGGGUAGGUGCCGACGAAGACGAUGAUGAUGAAGAAGAUGAGGAGCUUUUUGUCCAAACAACACCUCACUACAUGGACUAAGGACCGAUGCUGAUUCUGAAUAUUGCAGGCCUGAAGCUAACAAUACAAGAACAUUGUUUACCCAGCACCUAGCUUGUAUUCAGGUGUGGCUAUUUCAUUGUUGCAUAAUACAGAGAACAUUAAUGCGACUUGUUCUACUUUGCAUAUGUGGCCUUCUCUAUUAUUUAUUUAUUUGCAAGAGAAAGAACUUGUAUUUGCAUCAAUAUGAGCAACAUGGUCUCUGUUUUUAUUUUCUGUAUCUGUACCACUUUACUACUAUAAAAGCAUGAGUUUGCAGAAUCCAAAUUAUCCAUCCAACCUUAACCAGAAGGUUAGCAAUUUCCCUUGCAAAUUUAGGUUUAGUUGCACGCCAAGAGCAUCUUCACAAGGUAUUACUUAGCUUGUUACUAGGAAGAGAGAGAAUGAACCAUUUUGUGCAAAGUAGGUCUCCAAUAAAUAGUUGCUUUGACUUGUUACUAACACUACAGAAGUAUUAAUUGCUGCCAUGUGUGAGGUGGUGAGAGGCAGCAGCAUUGAGGGAUGAGGCCAUGGAAUUCCCCAUUCCCAAAUCCUUCUUUAGGAUGAGAGAGGGUAGAGCUGGGUCAAGAGUAAAAUGGGACUCAGCAUUGAAUUGAUGGUACCGUCAGGUGAGGGAGAAGCUGAUAGGGGUUUAACCAGGGGAUAGUGGAGCUGGUGUCUGUAUGGAGAUCAAGGCCGCGCCGGCAUGUCCCAGUCUGUGGUGCUGGAAGCUACAGAGCAGCAUCAGGCGAAGCCUCCAGGGUGAGGAUCCAAGAGAAUAGAAGGGUAUCGAGUCAUAUUAGUAUUUGCGUUUCUUGUGAGAUCAUGCUCAUCAUCUUGUGUGCUUAUUGAGCAUGUCUGUGUUAUCCUAUUCCUUCUUAACUCUUUCAAAAUGGAAGUAAAAUCAGAUUCUAAAAAUUGAUAUCUUUGAAUUUGUGCAGUUUGUAUCAUGUUGGGGAGUAACCCUCCUAACGACGCGCCAUAUCGGAACCCGGGUGUGGUGUCAAAUGGGCAAGGGUUGGGCCGUCACCCACUUGGUGGCGCGCCGUAUCUUGAUUUGGAUACGGUGACAAGUGAGCAAGGAUUGGGUUGUCGCAUCCUUAGUGGCGCGCUACAUCGACGUCCAUGUGUAGUGAAAAAUGAGCAACUGUCUUCACAUUUGACUCGAGAAGUGCAAAGGGUAAGGAAGCUAGCCAAGCCUAGUAUGAUCCGCUUAGGUAGCUGGAAGGUAGGGUCCCUGAUAGGUAAGCUACGGGAGCUAGUUGAUACAUAAGUGAGGAGAGUUGCUGAUAUCCUUUGCGUCCAAGAAACCAAAUGGAGGGGACAAAAGGUGAAAGAGGUGGAGGAUACUGGCUUCAUGUUGUGGUACACGGGAACAACUGCAAACAGAAAUGGAGUAGGUAUCUUGAUCAACAAGAGCCUCAAAUAUGGAGUGGUUGACGUCAAGAGGCGUGGGGACCGGAUUACCCUAGACAAGCUGGUAGUUGGGGACUUAGUUCUUAAUGUUAUUAGCGUGUAUGCCCCACAAGUAGGCCACAAUGAGAACACCAAGAGGGGGUUCUAGGAAGGCCUGGAGGACAUGGUUAGUAGUGUACCUAUUGGCGAGAAGCUCUUCAUAGGAGACCUCAAUGGCCACGUGGGUACAUCUAGCACGGGUUUUGAAGGGGUGCAUGGAGGCUUUGGCUAUGGCAUCAUGAAUCAAGGAUGAGAUGUCUUAAACUUCGCUCUAGCUUAUGACAUGAUCGUAGCUAACAUCCUCUCUAAAAAAAAGAGAAUCAUAUCUAGUGACUUUUAGUAGCGGUCAACACUCUAGCCAGAUUGAUUUCGUCCUCUCGAAAAGAGAAGACAAACGUGCUUGCCUAGAUUGUAAGGUGAUACCUGGAAAGACUGUUGUCCCUCAACAUAAGCUCGUGGUGGCUGAAUUCCGCUUUUGGAUUCGUGUCCAGUGGGAUAAGCGCGCCAAAAUCACUAGAACGAAGUAGUGGAAGCUCAAGGAGGAGGCAGCUCGGGCUUUCAAGGAGAUGGAGGGUCAUUAAAGAGGGCCCUUGGGAAGAAGGAGGUGAUGCAGACAACAUGUGGAUGAAGAUAAUGACCUGCAUUCAUAAGGUGGCUUCAGAGGAGUUUGGAGUGACCAUGGGAAGUAGAAGCGAAGCUAAAGAUACCUAAUGGUGGAACGAUGAUGUCCAGAAGGCUAUUAAGGAGAAGAAAGGCUGUUUCAGACGUCUACACCCGGACAUGAGUGCAAACAACAUAGGGAAGUAUAAGGUGGCAAAGAAGACCGCAAAACGAGCUGUGAGUGAAGCAAGUGGUCGGGCGUAUGAGGACCUCUACGCGCUUAGAUACAAAAGAAGGUGAAAGGGACAUCUAUAAGAUGGCCAUGAUCCGAGAGAGGAAGAUGAGGGAUGUCGACCAAGUCAAAUGCAUCCAAGACAGAGCAGAUCGGCUCUUGUUGAAGGACGAGGAGAUUAAGCAUAGAUGGCGGGAGUACUCCGACAAGUUGUUCAAUGGAGCGUAUGAGAGCUCUACCAUUGAACUGGAUCAUUCCUUUGAUGAUAUCAAUAGGUGUUUUGUGCGGCGAAUCCAGGAUUCUAAGGUCAGGGAGGCUUUAAAAAGGAUGAAAGGAGGCAAGACAAUGGGCUUUGAUUGUAUCCCCAUUGAGGUGUGGAGGCCUAAAAAACAUAGUGAUAGUAUGGCUAACUAAGCUUUUCAACCUCAUUUUUUGGGAAAAUAAGAUGUUGGAAGAAUGGAGGCGGAGUAUAUUAGUACCAAUCUUCAAGAACAAAGGGUGUGUCCAAAGUUGUACUAAUUAUCGUGGAAUUAAGUUGAUGUGCCAUACAAUGAAGCUAUGGGAGAGAGACAUUGAGCAUCGCUUAAGAAGAAUGACAAGCGUGACCAAAAAUCAGUUUGAUUUCAUGCCUGGGAGGUCCACCAUUGAAGCCAUUUUCUUGGUACGACAACUUAUGGAGAGAUACAAGGAGCAAAAGAAGGACCUGCAUAUGAUGUUCAUUGACUUAGAGAAGACCUACGAUAAGAUAUCAUGGAAUGUCAUGUGGUGGGAUCCAAGGUCCCAACAAAGAACAUUACCCUCAUCAAGGACAUGCACGAUAAUGUUGUCACAAGUGUUUAAACAAGUGAUGGUGACAUUGAUGACUUCCCGAUUAAAAUAGGAAUGCACCAAGGGUCAGCUUUGAGCCCUUAUCUUUUUGCUUUGGUGAUGGAUGAGGUCACAAGGGAUAUACAAGGAGUUAUCUCAUGGUGCCAGUCGAUGAUAGUCAGAUGGGGGUUAAUAGAAAGUUAGAGCUACGGAGAUAAACCCUGUAAUUGGAACGUUUUAGGCUUAGUAGAACUAAAAUUGAGUACGCGAGGUGCGCUUUCAGUACUACUAGGCAUGAGGAGGAGGUUAGCCUUGAUGGGCAGGUGGUACCUUAGAAGGACACCUUUCGAUAUUUGGGGUCAAUGCUGCAGAAGGAUGGUGAUAUCGAUGAAGAUGUCAGCCAUCGAAUCAAAGCCGAAUGGAUGAAGUGGCGCUAAGCUUUUGGCGUUCUCUGUGACAAGAGUGCCACUAAAGCUAAAAGGCAGGUUCUAUAGGACGGCGAUCCGACCUGCAAUGUUGUAUGGCGAUGAGUGUUGGCCGACUAAAAGGCGACAUGUGCAGCAGUUAGGUGUAGCGGAAAUGCGCAUGUUGAGAUGGAUGUGUGGCCACACAAAAAAGGAUCGUGUCCGGAAUGAUGAUAUACGGGGUAGAGUUGGGGUAGCACCGAUUGAAGAGAAGCUUGUCCAACAUCGCCCAGAUGGUUUGAGCAUAUUCCGCGCGGGCCUCUAGAAGCCCCGGUGCAUAGCAGACGGCUAAAGCAUGCUGAUAAUGUCAAGAGACGUCGGGUAUACCAAACUUGACAUGGGAGAAAUCCGUAAAGAGAGAUUUGAAGGACUGGAAUAUCACCGAAAAACUAGCCAUUGAUAGGGAUACGUGGAAAUUAGCUAUCCACGUGCUAGAGCCAUGAGUUGGUUUCGAGAUGUUAUGAGUUUCAGCUCUAGUGUACCCCUAUUUGUUCGAGACUAAAGGCUUUGUUGUUCUUGUUGUUUUUGUUGGUGGUCUGCUGGGUGCAUCUUCAAAGUAAAAUCCACUAUUGUUGCUUAUAUCGUUAUAGUUAUAUUUGCAUUC